UGGGUGCCGCGUGGUGCCAGUCUCCGCGUUGCCUCACUCCUCGCCGGCGGCACCACCAUCCCGCGGCCUGCCAGCAGUGCCUCGCUGGGACGCGGGUGUCAGUGCGCGGGGCGAGGCGGUGGCGUUGUGAUUACUGGACACGCGGCGACGUUCACGCUCUCAGUGUUAGUGGAGGGUAGCACAUCGUUACUAGAGAACAGCACUUCCUUCAGGACGACAACCUAGCGAGUUUAUUAUCGUUCAUGUAUAAAAGUAUUGGUUUUAUCUCGAGUACAUCAACAUAACAUCCUGUAUCCUUAGAGCAGCAAAGGCACCACCAAUGAGUAUCUUCGCUUAAAAAAAAAAAAAGAUAGACAAUAAUUGACAGUGUGGUAGACUGAAUAUAUCUACACUGCCAAUGACUAAUGAUUAAAAAGAAGCUAAAGAAAAAUAACUCCUAGACAAAAAGAUAUAUACUUCAAGCAAAGAAAAGAAAUAAAAAUUUAACUGCACCCUCUCAUACAUUAACAUAAGCGAACAAUACCGGCGCAUCUUAGACAUCGUGAACUUAAAUAUUGGGCGAACGUUUGACAGUGGACAGAAGCAGAGCGGUGAAGAUGCAAUAGUUACCCAUGUACUGAGUGUCAGGGCCUUGCUUGGAGUGUCCCACCUGUACCACUAGUGUGACGAGGCAAACACGUGAGCACUUCCGGAGAAACACCUGAUUAACUCACCUGGAAACUACACUCUUGGAAAAAAUAGGAAAAAAAAAAGAGUUGGAGUUAAUUUAAUGUCACUUCAUCUGUAUAGUCACCACCCCUUCUAGUAGUGCGUGGGUGACUCACUGCAGCCCGGCGCAACCCAAUCCCAGCCUAGCCGAGACCAGCAAAACACAACCCAUCCCAGCCCGUCCCAGCCCAUCUCAACUAAACCCAGCCCACUCUUACUCACUCCAUCUCAAUUAGCCAUAAUUUACCCCGUCUUGUUCUAACCAAGUCCAUCUCAACUAACAGCAUUGUAGCCCAUUUUAGACCAGCUCCUCUCAAUCAAACCCAACCCAGUUCAACCCAAUCCAACACUGUCCCGUCUAACCUUCGCCAAACUCAACUCAGCUUCAUAUCACGGGAGAAAACCAAGACGAAGGCACGCACAACUUUCAUUCCCCCUAGAAAGAGUUCGUGAGUGACCUUGAGACUGAAAAACAAACUGAGAUAAAUAAAGAGAGUGGUCCUUUUUUGUGGUGAAAACUGGUCGCUGGUUGACGCUUCCCCUGAUAAACUGAGGUGAGAUUUAAAGAGACACUCUCCUCCAAGACCUUGCGGAUCGAACGGUACCAAUUACUAGAGGAGACAGAAUGGAGCCACAUGGACCCCUCGUGAGAAGUGCGUGUGACAGAAAUUGAAUCCGUGUGGCGUGUUUAGGGGCGUAAGCAGGAGGCAGGCAGGCAGGCAGGCAAGUAGGCAUAGCACCAAGCCAACCAACCAACCAGUCACCAAGCCACCAAGCCACUCAGUAAGCCAGUGAACCGAAACGCAAGCUGUACUUCAUUCACCACGGACACGGAACCCUCCAAGCUGCCACCAAAAGAACAAAGAUGUUCACCCUGCCGCCACGAUGCUGUUAUUGGAAACGCCUUAAUUUUGUCUUGGUGUGUCAUCUCUGAGGCAUGAAAAUCGACAUGACAAACGUGAGCCGAGACGAAGGUGAAGGUGGUGUACCAGGAAGCAUGGAGGUGGUGGGCGUGGGCGCGGAAGGCGUGGUGGAUGGCGUGGUGGAGAAAGAUCUGAGUCCUGAGAUUCAGUACAUGGGCCACAUCGCCUACAGUGUGGUGGCGCCAGUCAUCAUCAGCUUCGGCAUUCUGACCAAUGUUCUCAACCUGGUGGUGCUGAGUAGACCUUCCCUCCGCGGCCCGACCUUCAAGUAUCUCAUGUGGCUGGCUGUAGCGAACCUUCUGGUAUGUGUGGUGCUUCUUCCCUUCACUUUGCACUCCCACGCCACGCCAGUUCCUUACGCCGCAGCUCUGUACUUCGCUCACAUCGAGGUUCCUGUGGGCAACGCACUCAUCGCCUCCAGCGUGUACAUCGUGGUUGGUCUCAGCAUUGAUCGCUUCGUGGCCGUGUGCUACCCCCGCACCUAUCGCAACCUGCACAGCCACUAUGUCGCCUCCGUCAGGAUCGCCUUCUCCUUCAUCAUCGCCUUCAUUAUCUACAUUCCUAUGGCUUUCUAUAAGAUGGUGGUCCCCUCGGGCAUGUCUCCCGAUCGCUUCUUGAUCAAGGAAAACGUGCAGGUGGUGUCGACAAGGUGGUUCGUGGUCUAUGAAUACCUCCUGGAGAUCUGCGUCAGGUUCGCGCCGGCCGUGCUGCUUGGAGUCCUUAAUACGUGGAUCAUCAUUGAGUUCAAGCGCAUCAGCCGACGUCGUCUCCUACUGUCUCGUGGCAUGAGCUGCGAGGUGUCUGCCAUUCCUUCCCAGUCGUAUUUCGAGGGCAACGUCAAUUCUACCGUGGUCAAUCCCUCCCCCACUAACGGCCAGGUGGAAAAGAACACCGAAAAAGCAGCACCAAUAAUGGUCGCACCCUCCUCUGAUUCACCUUUAGACGACAAUACCGCUGCUGUCACCAAUGUUGUGCAACCCAGCCACCCAGUCCCCUAUACUGACAGUUACACCCUAGAGAAGGAAGACAACUUAGUAGAUCCUCAAGGCCUCAACAAUAACAAUGGGCACGUAUUGAGCGGGAAGUGCACUCCUGAAGGCGUCUCCACCCCGGUAGUAAAUGGUUACAGACCGGUGUUGACGGGGGAGGAGGUAGGCAGUUCCAAGAAUUCUUCUAUCAACCGAGGCCAAGAGGAGACAAUCGUUCUCUCCGCCAUGAAUGUCUCAGCGGCGCCGGCCCCUGUCCCGCCGCCCCGGCACGGCAUGAGCGAGCGGCGGCACGACAUGGAGCGGCGGCUGGUGCUGCUGCUCGUCUCCAUCAUCGUUGCUUUCUUCAUUACCAACAUUCCCGCCGCCAUCCUCUCUCUCACCUUCAGUGACGACAAGAGGAAAGAUCUCAACUUCCAAAUUUUCCGCGCCAUCGCCAAUAAUUUAGAGUUUCUUAACUUCGGCCUCAACUUCAUUCUGUACUUCCUCUUCAGCAAGGACAUUCGUAAUGCCUUCACGGCCCUACUGCGCCGCACCAUGGAUAGGCUCAAGGAGGGACUGGAGGGCUCUAGUAAUAAGUACGGUGCCACCAAUCUAUGAUAAAUUGGUGUGCCACCUUCCCUCGCUCGCUCUCCCUCCACCUGAACCUGCCAGGUGCUACACGUUACGUACUGUGAAACAUUCCAACAAAACUAUUGACUAAUUUUCUACCAUACCGAAUAUGUGGCUGUCAACUGUGUCCUCCCAGAUUUAGUACAUGUUUGAAAUCAGAUAGUUGUGCUUGCUGUGUUGUUGUGAAUGGGGACAGUGGCAAGCGUCCACGUGUGGAGCAAAACUGCUGCAUUCCCUUGUACAGCGCUUCCUCUUAUCCAGAAAGAGGAAACGAUAACCAAGUACAGCGAUUUUAACCAGUUACUUGCACUUUCUUCAUGUUACGCUGGUAAUAUUUCCCACGCAUCCGUUUCGUCUGAUCUUUUAGUCCCUCAGGUCACUCACCUGCCAUGUGUUCCUUCCAUUUGUUGUGCAUCUGUUCAGCCAGGUGUUUGGCGUCGCUUAGCAGGUGUUGUAAGUUUACGAAAUGCUCAUUUGUAUGAUGAAAAUCGGUGAUUCUCAGUUAACAAGCGUUUUACCUUUAAUCCUUUAUCAAGUCGUAGAACAAGAUGUAGAAUUUUCUUAUUAUUUUCUCCGUGACUUUUGGUUACAUAAUGAAAGACAUGUUAAGGGCAAGUAUAAAAAAAAGCCCACUUCUGUGCCCCGUUAAGUAGGAAAGUAAGAAAAUAUCAAAUGUAUAUAUUUUUGUACACAAGUAUCAGUAGAGUAGAUCGUGUAAUGUCUAAGAUUUUCAAAAGAAUUAGAUGAUCUGAUUGGCUGCCUUGUGACUCCUGAGAUGCAGGGAGAAGCUUGGAAGAGUCAUAAUUUAUCGAAACCUGAAGUGUUGCUGUAUAGUGACAGCUGCCACUCUUUGGCGGAGGAAGGAAUGGUAGCCCAGCCACCUGUGCUUGGAGUAUAGUUGCUGCUCUGUUCUGCUCCUUGUGGUACAAGCGCUGUGGUACAAGCGCUGUUGUCUGGCUCUGUACAAUCACUGAGCAGUGAUGGCUGCCUAUCGGGUGGCCAAGAAAUGCUCCCUAGUCUUGUGUCCCUCCUGCCAAGUCCUCACAUGGCAUGGAUAGCCCUAACACUAUGGAGGACAGACCGGUAGUGCUUCCUCCCUACCCACCCACUGUAACAACAUGCAUGGUAACAGCAGCUUCCACCUUCAUGGCCAAGAUCCACUAUUGCUGCAACUUCUCCCUCCCACACCUCUGCAGCAGAAGAGAAGCUUUUUUUAAUCUCAAGUAUUCCCUUCGCUGCUGGUGUGCCCUGAAGGCUGCCUGGAGGACCACAACAGCUUUACGGUGCUGCAGAAAGCAUCGCCGUGUCAGCCAUAUCUUGAUGCAGAGCUGUACGACUACCACUGCUUGCUGGGACUUACGGGAUUGUGCCAUCACUGCCCGGCCCAGCUGCCUCUUCACCACCGCAGCAGUUUUCACCAUCACUGCCAGUCUUUGCCGACACCUCCAGCCUCGGGUGUAGGCCUGCAUUGUGAGCACGGCACGACGAGUAUGGAGAAGGUGUUGUGCUGCAUUCAUGCACGCUACAUCUGCUGUAGAGUUACUGCUGCCUGGUGCUGCUUCUGCUCCACACGCUACCGCCUCUCCUGGUCCAGCAGGUGGAUGGAACAUCAGCACCGCCAGUAGCUCUGCAGCACCACAGCAGCCUGGUUGUAUUCUGCCAGCCGUCACCCAUGCAGCAGCUGCCUCCACCACUGCUGCACCACCACAGGGCCUGCAGUCCAGACCCGCAGCUCCUCCAGGCGGCACUGAACCAGGCGCCUCCUCCAUGCCACCUGCAGCACCCUGGCAGCCUUGAUCUCCACAUGAGGUCCAGCAGGCGGGCACACAGAUGGGCAAGGAAGGUAGCAGUGAUCCGCUCAUCUGGAAUGGAAUUGACGGUGUCUGCCGAUCGCAGCAGCAGCGGCACUCUGUCCAGACUGUAAAGCCUUGUCCUUGAACAGGGUGAAAAAAGAAAUUUAUUCCUUGGUUCAUCUUCAUCCUGCCUACAGCGUCCCUGGAGUGGCAGACGUCCCUCGCGUUGUUGUGACCCGGUGAAGCUGUCGGCGUAGUGUUAUGUAUGCAUCCAGUAUCAUUUCUUCUAAGGGGGAGCGAAAUCAAGUUUAUUCCAUGUCUGCUACAUCUGUCAUAACAUUCAUACCGAGCCGUGAUACUCUUUCGUAAACAACACGGCAGAGAGUUUUCCACUUUUUUGAGUUUUGUCUGAAAAUUUGAUCCUGUCGCCAUCCUUUUGAAAUGGUAAUACACGACCUCCAACCCUCCUUCGCUCGUUCUUCAGCCACCUGUUACAUUGCCUCUCCUCAGAGGUCACCUUUACAUCCCAGAAGCCACGGCAGAGAGUAACGUGCGUGAAAAUCUGUUAACAUCCACAUCUUUCAAAUGAUUCCCCCACUAAUGGUCCUCGAUUGUGUGUCGCUGUGUCUUGUGUAGCUGAGCGUUUGUGUUAUCUGGUCUUGAGGAAAUGAUAGUAUUCUUUGACUAUCCUUAUUAAGCUGCUUACCCUAGGCCCUACAGUCUUCUUGGUUGUAAACACAUGCUUUCCUCUCGGUGUUUCUCUAGUCAGCGUCUCUUUCACAAUAGAAGACGUCGCUCGGGUCACUUCCGCGCCGCUGCCGCCACACCACCACUCCCACACUGCUGGCCUCGCGUCACUUGGUGUUAGUUUUGAAUGGUGUAGUUGUUUAUUAGUAUUAACUCACUGCAUAUAGAGGACGGUUUUACAUAAAUCUUUCUACCUUGAUUGUUGUGUCAAGUGCUAUUGAAACAAGUGUCCGUUUGUAUUGUGUGUGUGUGUGUGUGUGUGUGUGUGUGUGUGUGUGUGUGUGUGUGUGUGUGUGUGUGUGUGUGUGUGUGUGCUCGCGCGCGUGUGUGUGCGUAAGUCAAGCUAUAACCUUCAGCUGCCUCGGUCAAAACUGUAUCGGUAACUUUUAAAGCCGACAAAUUAUGGACGAUGGAAAAAAAGAAAAGAAAAAAAAAACACGUCGAUAAUCUAAUGUUUUCCAAGAUUCACGAUUAAACUGAAUUAGCUCACAUCACGGCGAGACUGAUAUAGAUGAUUAAUUCGCCUCUUGCCCUUGGUGGAGUUUGGCGCUUGCCCAGGAGCCAUGACACACACACUGGCCGUCACCCGCAACACAUCACCCGCUGCGCCAUAUGCCUAAACGUUUCUAUUCUCAUUAGGACAACUUUCAAAAGCUCUAGGGUUGCUUAACUGAGUUCUCUUAGGUGUUGCUCUCCAUGUGAUUGUAGACUCUUUGUUACACCAUCAUUGUAGAAGCAUAAAAGACUUGAAAAACUCACGUAUUUCCAUUAGAGGUUGUUCAAAAUGGUCGAGGUACUGAAUUAAUAGCUAUCUGAGGUUCUUGAUAUUGAACUCUCUUUUGGUGUUGCUUUCCUUAGUUACUCCAUCAUUAGAAGCAUAGAAAGACUUGAAAAUCUCACUUAUUUUCGCCAUAGUCUGUUCAAACUUGUGGAGGUACUGCGCCGAUAUAGUAAUGUUUAUUUGAGUUUUCUUGGGUACUGCUUUCCAUAGACUCUUUGUUACGUCAUCAUUAGACACAAAAGGCUUGAAAAUUUCACUUAUUUAUAUUAGAGGCAGUUCCAAGUGGUUGAGGUAUUUCGCCGAUACGUUUAACCUGCCACUCUGCUACCCUAAGCUACCCUUCAUACCCAUCAUUAUAACAAACGCUAAAACCAGAACCUUGAACGCUUGAACCUUCCUCCCAUUCAUGCCUCAACCCCGACAACCUUAAUUAACUCCUUCGCCGGCCCGUGUGUCAUUGAGGUGAAAAAUUCUGGUAACAAACGCCCACUCUAUCAUGAUGUUUCUCUCGUUAAACUCCUUUGCUCCCGGCGUCUGUGAACCAUAAACGUUAAGAAAGUUUUUACCGUACCCUAUUAUUUCUUGUAACUCUUUUUCGGUUUGCGUGUCUAUCUAUGUGUCUAUCUUUUAUUAUAUCCAUAUUUGUUUAUGUUUGUGAUUGUUUAUCUAAUAAUCUCUCUCUCUCUCUCUCUCUCUCUCUCUCUCUCUCUCUCUCUCUCUCUCUCUCUCUCUCUCUCUCUCUACAUAUUCUGAAACGCUUCGGGCUCUCAUAAAAAUAAUUUUCAAAGGACAUAAAUGAUAAACAGGAUUCUCAUGAGUGUUUUCUUCACUGAUGUUGUAGAAUCCUUGCUAAACUGUCACUAGAAUCAGGAAAACCAUUUGAGAACCUCAGCACAUAAAGAAAAUAAAAGGGAAGCUGCAAAAAAAGUCAGCCUUGCACGCUGUAAUCCCUUUCCUUUCAAAUAAAACGUGUUAACACUCAAGAUAAAAUGCAAUAUAGCUCCCUGAAAAUAUUCAUUAUCUUAAACUCUACAAAAUGUACUUUCUGAAGCGGACUUAUUAAGGAACACUCUAUUGGUUCAGUGCUUGAUUUAAUUUUUCCAUGAAGAUUUGAGAAUUUGAUCGUGUUUUCCAGCUUCAGUUUGAGAUUAAAUAUGGAUUAGCUGUCUCGAGGAAAUUAAGUCAAUACUUAGUGAACUUAAGGCGUUGGUGGCGCUUGGCUGCUGCCCAGAGAGAGAGAGAGAGAGAGAGAGAGAGAUUAAAGUGGCCUGCGGGAUUAGCCUCAGCAUCGUGACGUAAGGGAAGGGAGGAGGGUAAGUCAGACCGAUCAUGGCCAAAGGAAACGAAAAAAGGAUAUCAACAGCUGGCGUGUUUCUCUUUGAAGUGAAUGACGAGGAAGGAAAAAAAGUGGCAAUUUGUGAAAGGUAUCCAAUUUUGACACGGUUCCACGCGUUUCUGAUCGACCAAGUGAACUCCACUGCUGCUGCUGCCUCGCUAAACCUCAUUCACUAAACGUCAGUCAUACCACCACCACCACCAUCUCCUAUUUACGUAGUUCUAUCCUUCGUACUCUUACGCGUUUUGACUUUUAACUGACUAUUGUGAAGAUCAGUAGAGAUCUUCAGGCUGGUUUUCAUGUCUAUAGGUAAGGUUUGAUAAGGUUUCUGCACUAUCAAAGAGAAAAUAAUCUUUUUAUGAGAACCUGGAAAGAAAAAUAUGUGCGCCAUUUGAAAGAGUCUUCACUGCAAACUUCACCGCCACCACUAACACCACAACCAUAUUCAGUGCUGCGCUUCACACUCUUAAUUAAACGCUUCGGUGCUGGAAACUCGACCACUUCUAAAUGAUCGUAGUGAAAUUCAUUAGGGAUUUUCGAAUAUGCCUUCAUGACUUGGGAAAGUUUGAUAAGGAUUCAUCGCAGGAAGAGUAAUAAUGACAACCUGAAAAGUAAUGUAUUUACGGCUUGUGAAAGUAGUCGUAAAGGGAGUACAAAAGUGGUUGGAGAGGAAAUCAAUACGGUUUUUUAAAGGCGUGUUUAUGACAAGGGAAUGCUUUAUAAGGAUUCCGCGCCAUCAGUGGGAAAAAGUAUCAGAAACCCAUCAAAAUAAUUUAUGAUAUGAAACUAUUCCUGAAGAGAGUACAAGGAGAUUGACUUUGUACCGGAUUCAGUAAAGCUUUAUAUUAUACAUCUAUGAACGUGACAGUGACCCACCAAGCAGGAGAAAGGAAGAGCAAAGAGAAGUUUUAUGAACGCAAUGGAGGGAGACAGUGGUGAUAGGUGUGACAGAGGACACAAAAAUAGAUAAAUGAUAAAGUGCAGACGAGUAACCAGCUAUGCAGAAGGAAAGCAAUUGGAAGGUUUAUGAAUGCAAUGGAGGGAGACGUAUUGGCGAUGAAUGAAAUAGAGGACACAAAAAAAAUAGAUAAAUAAAUAAAAUGUAGUCGCGUAACCAACCAAUAAGAGCAAAGAAAAGGUCCAUGAAUGCAAUGAAGGAAGACAUAUUGCCGAUGAAUGAAAUAGAGGACAAAAAUAGAUAAAUAGAUAAAGUGUAGAAGAGUAAUCCACUGUGAGAAUAUCUAACGAAGCAGCUGAGAGAAAAUUAUAUUAGCCUCACUACUAGAUAUCCGCUGUUAAUCUGCCUAAAUCUCAAAACGGUGCAAUUCAGUUCAAGGCCACAAACACUAGUACCACCACCACCAUCACUACCACCACCAACAACCACAGUAUAAUCAUCUUAUUGUUCUUGUUCUUUUAUUUUUUCUUCUUGUUCUUCUUAUCCUUGUCCUUUUUCUUUUGUUCUUGUUCUUCUUGUCCUUUUUUUUCUUUCCUUUUUCUCUUUCUUUGUACUUUUCAUCUUUUUACUUUCAGACAACCCUUAUAGCUUUACAUUUUAAGAUUUUUCCGAGCAGUGAUGUGAAUAGAGACGGAAAAUCAAUAGGUCAUUAAAGAAUAAACCUUUAAUGAACUGUACAUAAUCACAUUUGAAGGUUCAGGACUUGCACGUUUAUAGGAGACGAAAAAGAAAAUAACAGUGGUAUUUUUUUAACGUUAAUACUUGUGGAAGAGAACCUUUACGAAACUCAGACACUUUGCCUAAGAGUGAGCGAUGUCAGCGAGGAAUUAUUACAAAGAAAAGAAAAGAAAAACGUUCUCAGAUACAGGGAUGACUGUUCCAAGCGCCGCGUGUUCUUUAUUCUUUCUCUCCUUUCUUUCAUUUCUCUCGCUGCUAUCCAUGUUCGUUUGCUUCCAAACCAGACGUAAAAUAAAGAGGGAAAAAUCAUCAGUCCUAUCCUAGUGUGUGUGUGUGUGUGUGUGUGUGUGUGUGUGUGUGUGUGUGUGUGUGUGUGUGUGUGUGUGUGUGUGUGUAUGUGUGUGUGUUUGUUUGUAUGUUUUGUCAUGAUCACCGAGAUCACCGCGUUACUAAGGCGCUGUGAUGUUUGUGUACUUAAACAUUCUCUCUCUCUCUCUCUCUCUCUCUCUCUCUCUCUCUCUCUCUCUCUCUCUCUCUCUCUCUCUCUCUCGGUGACAAGUGUGACACAUUCCAGGUGUGUGUGUGUGUGUGUGUGUGUGUGUGUGUGUGUGUGUGUUCCAACACUCGCGCUUUGAUUGCUGUGCUGUGCGCCCUGACACGCAAUAUAUUUGAUUGUUUCCAACAUUACUGUUAUUUUUCAUUUGUUAUUUCUUAGUCUUUAUCUUUAAUGUUUGAAGUCAUGAUCGUUAUGAUCGAUAUUAUUACUUGUCUUAUAUCAAUAUUAGCUUAGUGAUGCCUGCUUGCAUAACACUGAAUGAGGCCGGACCGUGUGCCGGAGCGAAUCCCGCCUGUGUAGCGGCAGCGACACAGCAGCCUGCACCAUUCACAGUGGCACUCCGUGAACCACGUGCCAUAGCCCCAGGCGCAGCAGUGUUCUCAGCCAGCACAAGACACCAGCGUGAGUGUGGCGGUAAUGGAGAGCCGUUAUGGGAGGGUUAUAGGGGGACGGAGGGACGAAAAGUGGAACAAGGGACUCCUAAUUACAAGUGUGUAUCCUCACUGUUGUUCAUAUAUACGUACGUACUUCUCAUACAUUGUAAAUACUGAUAUGAAUAAUCUACGAACACUGUAACUGUAUUAAAGAUAAAGAAACAAUUUACUUGUUGUAUUACACGUUAAGCUUGAAGGCGGUGGUCAACACUGUCAGUGACCUGAUGGAGGGUGUGGCGCGGGUCACUGGGGUGUUGGGCAACCCGCCCUGCCCUCGCCCCGGGUCACCGCCGGCCGUAACGCGGCGCCGGGCCCUCGCCGCCUGGCCACGGGGCGCGGGGCGGCAGGAGCAGGCGGGUUUAUAUUCUUUUUUUUUUUUCAACCAAGUAUACAUGCAGAUGUGUACUGUACCUGUGUGGAGGAGGUAAGGAGUACAGCCGAUGGUCGUGCAUUUAUUUCAUACUGUGUUCAUUUCAUCGAAUGUCACAAGCCUCUUUCCGUCUUAGUGUAGCCUGAUUGUCGCCUGUUUCUCAUUCCACUCAGCCGCCAUCCAGUGUUCUUCCAAGCGUCGGUGGCACUAUGUACUUUAAUAAAUAUUUUUCUUUAAUA